AAUAUGGCCGUUUCUGUGUGCCGUUGCCUGACGACCUUCCGUGCUCUGGUACGCCGGGCCGCUGAGCACUGUGGGAAAGAAGAUGGCGUCCAUGCAGCAGGAGUGAGCAACGGGCCGGCUUCCCGGAGACUGUAGCUGGCUGUGUUGGGAUAGGGAAGUGUGACAUUGCCGGGAGGUGUGACCCGGAGCUGGGAGCCGCCGAGGCAGGUUCAAAUUAAGCGGGAUGUUGACACUGGCAAGCAAGCUGAAGCGGGAUGAUGGGGUGAAAGGAAGCAGAGCUUCCAAUACAUCCACGGACUCUACUCGUAGAGUGUCCGUCCGUGAUAGAUUGCUUAUAAAAGAAGUAGCAGAACUUGAAGCAAACCUGCCAUGUACUUGUAAAGUGAAUUUCCCUGACCCCAACAAGUUACAUUAUUUCCAGCUGACCGUGAGCCCAGAUGAGAGUUAUUACCAAGGCGGCAAGUUCCAGUUUGAAAUUGAGGUUCCAGAAGCCUAUAACAUGGUGAUGGUAAAGGUGCAUUUCCAAAGCGCUACAGAUCCUCAGAGUUCCUUGCCAUUACUGUACAAAUUAAGGCCCGUUUGCAUGGACCAUAUGCCUCCAAAAGUGAAAUGUUUAACGAGGAUCUGGCAUCCGAACAUCACAGAGACAGGCGAGAUCUGUUUAAGUCUGUUGAGAGAGCACUCCAUAGAUGGAACGGGCUGGGCCCCAACUAGAACGUUAAAGGAUGUUGUAUGGGGAUUGAACUCCUUGUUUACAGAUCUGUUAAAUUUUGACGAUCCUUUGAACAUUGAAGCAGCAGAACAUCAUUUGAGAGAUAAGGAUGAAUAUCGAAGUAAAGUUGAGGACUACAUCAAGCGUUAUGCCAGAUGAUGCCAACAUUGAAUCUCUGAUCCCUCUCAAGAACAGUGGCCAGCCUCUGUGGGGUCUCCAGAGCCAUAAGGGGAGGAAUGUGAAAAUCAUUGAAUGGCUUUUAUGCCCUCUCCCUGCCAGACUGAUAACAAACAUUUUACCUCCAGCCCCUGCACUCUAAUGCCAUUCUUGUGCCCAGCCAAAAGGAGCCUCAAAACUCUUCUUCCCCCUUCUUUGGCUAUUGAUGUGUGUGUGUGUGUGCUUUUUUUUUUCUUUUCCUUCAUUGAGUGGGGCGAAUACUGCUUGCUUGUUUUAUAUCUCCUACAAUAUACGGAGUGUUGUAUGAAUUCUAACAAGUUGUAAUGAUCCUUAGAACAUUCAAUCAUGUUCAAAAACAUCAGUUACCAGGUGGUCUUAGGUCAAAUCUGUGUUUUUCAAACUUGAAGUAUAUAAUCUAUAAGCCUCUUAUAGGCCUGAACCACCAUAACUGCUUGAUGCCUUUUUCAUUCAGACAGAUGGUUUGCUUUGCAGCUGACACAUAAGGUCCAGUAACCGUGACAAUGGGGUUAAUAAUUGCCUCUUGUGGAUACUCCAGCAUGGAAUGUAACAGCUUAAAAUGUUUACAGUAAUGGAGAGUAAGACCACCUAAGAGGCUGGAGCUAGACACCAAAUUCAUUUGUCAGGCCUCCCUUGAUCAGUAGGCUUGUUCAAUAUCAUCCUGUAAUCCAUUCUUUUUUUUAAUAAUGAUUUUAUCUUUGUGCUGAAAGUAUGGGGUGAGGCAAUAUGCAGAUUUUCUGCCAGUGAAAGAGUUGCUGGCGCACAGGGUGACUUUCACAGGUAAUGAGACAUGGGUGAACAAUUCUUCUUACUGUGAUAAUGCAACUUUAACUUAUUAAUCGUGUUUAAAGGAGCUUAAUGGAAACUGUAACCACACCCUGCCAAUGUAUAUGGGUUAUAUAAAUACAAAGAUAUGCACUUUCACUG